AUGACUUCGUCUGAGGAGCAGCAGUUGCUGGCGCGCAUCAGCCAGCUUGCCGACAACCCCCAUCGACAAGGCGGCCAUCCCCACAGGCAUUCCCCGUACCCCUCCUCUCGAAGACCUUCGGGUUUCCGCAACAGAUCUCUUGUGGUCAACAACAGUGGAACGCAAACACCGCCUUCCGACUCGCCUACUCCCGAGGCAUCUGGCUCGACCGCUUCUUUGGGCUCUUGGAUUUCGAAGAACACACCCGGCCAGAUGUCGCUAAUCAAUUCAGCGGUCUACGAUAAGACGAACGAAGCCACCGCCAAGGCCAUCGAGGCCACUCGACAAAAGAAGCUACUCCAACGGGAGGCGCGCGAAAAAUCCCAACUCGCCAACCAUUUCCAGCGAUACGGCGGACACGCGAGUGCUCCGACAACCCCUACUAACACGACAGCUGUAGGGAACCACGAGAUCGAGAUUCAGGGAUUGCGGUAUCGCGUCGCCAACAACGGUAGCAAGCUCGUGAAGGUGUCCGGUCAGUCGCCAACGCCAUUUGCCCCUUGGGCACUCGUUGAUUAUUACACAGGAGACCUUCACCCAGUCAGUGCAACUCCUAAGGUCACAUACGUUGGAGGCGUCAAAUUCCACCGAAGCAAGAGAGGCAAUCUAUACCGCGCUGGCGUGCUCAGAGCGCAUCGUGUAUCUCCAGGUGCUCUGGUCUGCCGCUCAUUCGGCAUGUACGGCUACUGCGACAAGGGGGAGAAGUGCGAGGAGCGACACGUUUUCGAGUGCCCCGACUUCAGCAACACGGGCAAGUGUAAAACCAAGGGCUGUAAGCUACUUCACCGCGAGAGGGCAAGCGUCCUCCGGAAGCGCACAGACGACAACGAGAUGGAGGAUCUGUCUAGCGACGAAGAAUCGGCCGACAGCGACGAUGUGGACUCGGACGAGGUCGAGGAGUUUAUCAACGAUCCUGUUGGUGACGACUCUGACUUUAGGGUUCAAAAGGACUUUAUCGCUUUCUGA